AAAAUCACAAAAAAUUAUAAUGGAUGUGUUAUGGAAGGAACAGGAAUCCGCAAAUGGGUCCGAUCCGUUUGCGAUUCACUUCCCUUUGCCGGAUCACCUCGAUGCCUCCCAAUGCCGCGAUGACUUCAUCAGUACAAUCAUCGAGGAUCACGAACGCCGGGUGAGCUCGUUAAGAGCCACAUUGUCAGUGCGGGGCAAAUCCGUGUUCGAUAAUGCUGCGGAGACCGAGGAUCGGGAGCGCGAAAGGGAAAGGGAAAAGGAAAGGGGGGCAGAGGCUAUGAUGGUGCGGCAGAUGGCCAGGUUGCGGAAGAGAGAGAGCGGCAGGAAGACCGUUCAGGAGGCCAUGGAGAGCAUUAAAUUGCGAUCAACCAUGAUGACGGAGUUGAAUAUCAAAUGCCAGAAGUCGGCCAUUGAGUUCCUAUCGGUUCGCCUGCUGAAGCAACUGCGCCUCUUUUCGAGCCCUUGGCCCGGACAGAUCGACGACAUCCCCUACAAUCUGUUCAAGUGGUCGUUGGAUCACUUCCUGGCACGACUGGAGCAUAGCCAAUUGUACCUGGACGUGAUCCACCGGGAACGGAGCUCCGAGGAUCUCGAUUGCGUAAAGUUCCGAACUGAUCUGAGUGAAAUCGAACACAUUCUACACGAAAUGCGGGAGGACUUUCAAAAUGACUCUGACCUCUGUGAAAACAGCUUACUACUUAUAGGAGAUUGCAGGUACAACACGGUUGGUGCGUGGAUAAAGGGCCUCAAGGACAACUGCCGCAUCAAGGAUGGAAUAAGCAACAGUAGCCUGACAGAGGAACCUAGCUUAUCAAGCCUGGAUAUGCGUAAAACUGCACUUGUAGACCGCUUCGAAGACAUUAGCUCUACUGAUCCCAUACAGGUGCGUUACCAGAUCAAGUGGGUAAACAGCUGCAUGGAUCAGCGACUAAUGCUUAUCAGCAGCCGCGAGGAGCUGCUGAGAAAGGAGUUGAAGGAACUGGAAACCAAGUUGCAACAGGACAUGACGGUGCAGCGCAGCUCGGAGGUGAUAUACUUCUGGGACGUGGAAAAGCUUAAGGUACACACCAGGGAGUGGGAGGCCAAGCUGGAGAGCGAUCUGGAAAACGCCGAGGUGCAGUGCACGAUAGCCAGGCUGGCGCUGCAGAAGGUCAGGGACGACCACAAGUUCUACUUGGAACAGGAGGAAAUGUACCUUAGAAAAAUAGCCGAGUUCAAGACGCUGAUGGCAGCGCGGGAGAACGUUGAUCAGCGAAAACAGACAAAAUAAGCAGCCGAAGUGGAGCAGCAGCUUAGGCAAU